AUGGUUAAUCACGGUUUUCUUUAUUUGAAAUGGAUGAGCAGAAAGAAGGCGAACCAAGAUGUCUUUGUUACUAGGCUUGCGAAACAACUUUAUUUGUCAAUUGACGAAAAAGAUGACGAACCAUUAAUCUUAACAACAAAUCAUUUAAAAACUACGAAUGAAAGCUUGGAAUUAGAUGCUACUCAAAGUGACAGCACCGAGGAAAAUUGUUAUGCGAAUCUCGAUCCGGAUAAACUAGUGAAUGCUUAUGGUUUUGGUAGAUAUCAAAUGUUCGGCUAUUUUCUGUGCGAAUUUCUUAACUUUUUCUAUUCGGCUGCCUUGUACGUUAUGCCAUACGUGGAGGCUAAUCCUGUGCUUGAAUGCACUUACAAGAACCAAUCUCUGAACGUGGACGGAACCUGCUGGAUUGCACCAAAAAACAACUACUCUUUAAAAGGAAAAUGUGGUGAUGUUGGCGAAACGAAUUUAAUCGUGAAGGAUCCCCAUCAUUCUACAACGCUUAUUAAAGAGUUCGGAAUAAGUUGCAGUUCGUUCGUAUGGAAAGAAGCUGGCCUAACGGCAUUCACAGUAGGAGCUAUAAUAGUAGUCCCAGCGAUGGCAUCGAUGGCAGACGAAUAUGGUCGACGAAAAAUAACUUUAGCUUCACUUGCAAUAUCGUUUCUCGGUCAUUUACUCGCCUCUUUUGCUCCAAACUACUACAUAUUCAUUUUGUUACGCUUCAUUAUAGGUGCUGCUAGUGAUACUUAUCUCUCAUUGUGCGCAAUAAUGAGCUGUGAAUUACUUCCAUCAGGGAGCAGAGCUUGGAUCACCUUGGUUCAAACAAUAGCAUGGGUGUUUGGAAUGUUCUGGGUCGGUGUGUUAUCUCUUUUCGUGAAAGAAUGGCGGCUGAUGUAUAUGGCGUGUGCGGCACCGGGAGCACUAACGAUUGCAUACUUUUUUUUCCUUCCUGAGUCCCCACAUUGGUUGAUUCAGCAUGAAAAGUACAAAGAAAUAGAAGACUAUAUUAGAACAUCAAAUAGGUGGAACAACACCAAAAUCGAUGUCAGUGUCUGCAGACGCAUUGGCCCACCGCCACAAGAGAAGCGUGAAACGAUCGGAGCAAUAAUAAGAAGUCCAGAGAUGCUUAAGCUUCUGACCAUCAACGGAUUUAUCCAGUUCGUGAUGUCAUUCUACUACUUCGGUCUUUCCUUUCUUUCUGUUGAUCUCAGUGAUGAUCGUUUUACGGCUUUUAUGCUCUCCGCUUUUGUUGAGCUACCAGGAGGUUUGGUUGUAAUUCCUUUAAUGUUGUAUGCAGGACGUCGAAUAUUGUGCUUAACUACUAUGGUGGUACAAGGCGUGGCUAUCAUCAUUGCACCAUUUUCCCGCGAACCUGAAUGGUGUCUGGUCGCAUUUGUGCUGUUCGGUAAAAUGAUAAACAGCGUAACAUAUGCCGUUCACCCUAUUUACGUCUCCGAACUUUCACCUACAUCAGUCAGAUCUUUGUUUUUCUCGAUUAUCAACGUACCGCAGAGCAUAGGGAUUAUUGUUGCCCCGUACUUACGUCAUCUGGACAUUGGACCUGAAUAUACCAAAUACGUAGCUGUUGGUGUACUGUGCAUUAUUUCUGGUCUACUGUGUGUGUUUCUGCCGGAGACAAAGGAUCGUCCAUUACCACCGGAUAUAAAAACUGCUUCUGAUAACUUUACUGCAGAUUGGAGAGACAGAGAAGAGUUGAUGAGGGAGCAAGAACUAGAAGAACACGAGUAUCCUGAUGAAAAAACGCCAGCUGUUUUCCGAGAAAGUCAUUCAACCCCGAUUUUUCGUUCCUAG